AUGGCGUGGGCGAGGCCGCGAGCCGAGCGUGUGAGGGAGCGCGAACCGAGGGGCGAGUCCGGAGUUCGCGUCGUGGCUGAGGCGGCCGAGCAGGCAGGAGGAGCCGCAGCGAGGCAGGCCGGGGCGGGCCAGGCGGGCAGCAGCGCGGAGCGCGGAGCGAGAGGCCCUGCGCGGCCCACGGCAGAUUCCAUAAUGAUGAAUGGUUCCAACGUGGCCAACACAACCACAACUGCAACCCCCCCUGCGAAAUCCAAGGAGGAUCAGGUAGUGAAUGGGCAUGACGAGAAGGAGAACAACCCCUUUGCGGAGUACAUGUGGAUGGAGAAUGAGGAGGACUUCAACCGACAGGUGGAAGAGGAGCUUCAGGAGCAGGAAUUCCUUGACCGCUGUUUCCAGGAGAUGCUGGAUGAAGAAGACCAGGAUUGGUUCAUUCCGUCCCGCGAUCUGCCCCAGGGCGUCGGACAGCUUCAGCAGCAGCUGAACGGGCUCUCAGUCAACGAGAACACCCACAGCCAUGUAUCGGAAGACAUUUUGAGCAAAAGCACCUUAAACCCCGACGCCAAGGAGUUCGUCCCCGGAGUGAAGUACUGAAGCUUCCGGCAAACUUCGCACAGACAUUUUUUUGCCCUGGAUGGGUGGGU